AUGCAAGCCAAUACUAUCGAAAUAAUGGCAAGUGAUCAGUUCAGUGGUUCAUGGAGUGCGAUUCCGUACGGUUACAGUGACUACAGUGUGCCGCCGAAUGCGGACUGGAUGACGUCCCCGUCAACGAACCUGGAAAGUGCGCGACAAAGCUGCGAAUCCGCGGCACAGCAAAAUAAUUUCUUCCAGCCGACGACCGGAAGAGGAAUUCAUCGACACUCAUCGCAGACCUCACCAGCCGAAGCUACAGAGGCAGAUUCCACUCACAACAGCUAUCCUUACGCGGUCCCGUACCAUCAUCAUCAGCAUCAGACAGCAAACUAUGGACCGAAUCAGCAUGUGCAGCAAAAUCAUCCGCAAAAGCAAUCGCAGCAACCGGUCAAGAAGAAUGCUUCGAACAGUGCACGAUAUGUUCCUCACGGUUACUACACCCAAACUGGGCGUACAUUGACAUCCGCUGCUGCUGCAUCACCAGUACCUCAGCAGAGCUUGUAUCCAUCGCCACCGGGACAAGUGCUGGCUACCGAAGAAACGAACUACAACAGCAAACCGUUCGGUAUGGUUUACAUGAAUGGCAACCAUCCAUCGGCUCCAAUCGGCUAUACCGGCUACUCAGAACCUGUGCUGACCAGCUUAUGUAGUGGACCAGUUAGCAAUGAUCUUUACCAACCGUACAAUGUGUCACCCAUGGGCUAUGGUGAGAGUGCAGCCGCGUUCCCGACCAUUGGACUAAGUACGCUGGAAUCACCGUUCGCACCACUAAAGUACGACGCGUGGAACUCGGAAUCCUCCAUCAUCCAACCGUUGAUGUCACCGAUGGAACACCCGAUAGCGAUCAAGCAGGAAUAUAUUCCAUCCGCUUUUAACACUCCCUCGCCAUCUACCAUCACCGGUGGAAGCUGCAUCAAGAUGGAGCUUCUGUCAGAUUCAUCAUUAUCACCUCCUCCGGGAGGUAAUCACCUAACGGAUGUGCACGGAUCACAGCCCGUUUGCAAAUCACCGUCUUUGUCUCAUCUGCUACCUUUACCGAAUGACAAAAGGUCAAACAGCAGUCCUGGCACCAUGCCAGUGAAAAAAGCGACGCGCAAAACCAACAACUACGGUGACCAGUACGCUUGUCUCGAAUGCAGUCGUACCUUUGCGCGGCAGUGCGGUCUAACGCAGCACACAAAGUGGCACCAUUCGGGCGAGAAACCAUUCCGCUGCAUAACGUGCGGGAAGUGUUUUAGCGAACAGAUCGCACUGGACGAUCAUCUCGAGCGGCACACGAGCACCGACAAACCGUACCAAUGUCUGCUGUGCCCGAAAGCGUUCUUUCACAAGAACGAUCUGCGCCGACACGGGUUCCAGCACUCCGGAAAGGCACCGCACGCUUGCCGGUACUGUUCGAAAACGUUUGCCCGGAAAGAUCACUGCCACAGCCAUGAAGGUUCACACGAACGGAAAAUGCAGCGUAAGCAGCGAAAAGCCAAACGGGUAUCGGCUGCUCAUGGUGAGCUACUAGAAAGUCAACAGAGUUAA